GCCGCGCCGGCGCCAUUUUGCCCAAGCCUGCGAGCUGGUGGGAGUGGAGCCGAGCGGCUGCUGUAGCCGUCGCGUUCCUCCUCCUUACAGUCCAGACCGCAGGGUGACUAGGCCGUCGGCCCUCGAGCCGAGAUUUGUCUUUUUCUUAGUUCUGGGCAGCGGCUGGCCGACAUGAGUGAUAUCGAGGAGAACAACUUCGAGGGCAGAGUUAAUGUUCGUGAAGAAAUUGAAGAGUUUUUUCCAAGAAUGUGGAAGAUAAAUCAAGAUAAAAGAAGGCUAAUGAAAAGUAUUAAAGAUCAGAAAAUUAAAAUUGAAUGGGGGAAAAAAUUGAACAGAAGAUUGGUCAGAUAGAAGCACUUGAAUAUUUUUAAGGCUAUUUUGAAUUGUUUGAAUUGGGGAAGAAUACACGAAGUAUGAAAAAUGAAAAACUCAAUGAAGAAUGAAGAGAAGUAGAAAGCAAGAGUGAAGUAGAAUUAAAAGAAUCUGGAAGAAUGAAUGGGUCCUAGGUUAAGUAAAUGAGUCUCGCUCUCAGUCAAAAUCUCCAACGGGAACUCCUGCCCGUGUAAAAUCGGAGAGCAGGUCAGGAUCUCGUAGUCCAUCAAGGGUUUCCAAACACUCUGAAUCCCAUUCUCGAUCAAGAUCAAAAUCCAGGUCCAGGUCAAGGAGGCAUUCUCAUAGACGCUACACUCGAUCCAGAUCCCACUCUCACAGGAGACGAUCACGAAGUAGGUCUUAUACACCAGAAUAUCGGCGGCGAAGGAGUCGAAGUCACUCUCCAAUGUCUAAUCGCAGAAGACAUACUGGCAGCAGGGCAAAUCCAGAUCCCAACACUUGCCUAGGAGUGUUUGGCCUCAGUUUAUAUACAACAGAGAGAGAGCUUCGUGAAGUAUUUUCGCGAUACGGACCAUUGAGUGGUGUCAAUGUGGUUUAUGAUCAGCGGACUGGGCGAUCACGUGGAUUUGCUUUUGUGUAUUUUGAGCGGAUAGAUGACUCUAAGGAGGCUAUGGAAAGGGCAAAUGGAAUGGAGCUGGAUGGUAGAAGAAUUCGUGUGGAUUAUUCUAUCACCAAGAGAGCACACACCCCUACACCAGGCAUCUACAUGGGGAGACCAACUCAUAGUGGUGGUGGUGGAGGAGGAGGCGGUGGUGGAGGUGGUGGAGGUGGUGGCAGACGUCGAGAUUCUUACUAUGACAGAGGAUAUGAUCGAGGAUAUGACAGAUAUGAAGAUUAUGAUUACCGGUACAGAAGGAGGUCGCCUUCUCCUUACUAUAGUCGGUACAGAUCAAGAUCAAGAUCUCGUUCCUACAGCCCAAGACGCUAUUGAUAAUGGAGUGGUUGCAGCCAAGGACUUUUAUCCCUGCCCCCAUUCUGAAUUUCCCCAAGCUUCCAAUACUUCCAAGUCCUUUUCAUAAUACCUGGUUUAUUUAGCAUCUAUACUUGGCCAGUUUUGUUGCUGUUUUCCACCCCUUUUGUUGUAGUCCUAAAGGUGUUCUUGUCAUUUUGAAUAGUUAAACAUCUUGAGUUAAAAAGGAACCCAGUGUUGUGCUUUGUGAUUUUUUUUUUUUCUUUGCCUUUACAGAGGAUUAACUCCCUACUAUGAGGAAAGAAAUGAUCUUUUUAAAGCUUUUGUGACAGAUAUUGUAGUAGACAUUAGAGAUCUGCAUUUAUGAAAAACUCCUUUUUUAACUUUCUUUAGGGGAAGAUAAAUAACAGGAAGUAGUUCAGUCAUGUCAGGUUUGUUUGAAGUGGCAUGGAACAGUCAUAGUUGAGUGUAGAAAGUUUGAAGCUAUAGGAGAAAAUAUGAAACAUUUCUUUUGAAAAAAAUGUAACUUUUGAACUCUAAAAAUUAUGUCACUUUUUAGAGAUGGAAAGCUCGUAGAUUCCUAUAAAACAUGUUGUGUUUGAAAUUACAUUUGUUACACCUUACAAACUUAAAACAUAAUUUUUAUGUUAAAUUUACAGAAGCUUAAGUAUGCCCUUAAUCAGUGAAGGACAACCUUUAUUUAUUGCUUAGAACUGUUGUAUAAUUUGCUGUUAAGAAUUUUGGUUAUUGGGACAUUGGUUAAGUGGAUUAUUGUAUAGUAUAGAAUCCUAAGAUACAUGUGAGGAAGAGUAAUUUCAAAUAAAAGUUCAUUUGGAAAAUA